AGGGCGAUGGCGAGGGCGGUUCAGAUCUCAAUGCUUGGCCCUGCAAAAUUAACCAUGUCUUUGUUUUGUUUCUCCAUCUGCAGGGUCGGUCGCUCAAGCCCUAGAAAUGGCGUCGAUACAGACCACGGCAACAUCCAUCCUUCAGAUCACGCCCAUGUCAUGCCAUGUAAUGAAAACGGAUUCACGGUGUCUGGGCAGGUCUCACCUUUUGUCUCCGUUGGGCGCCCUUCCCCCAGGCGCCACAAUCCCUCGGGUUAAAUGGGAAGAAUGCUCGCCAAGUCCAAGUCGAGGCCAAGACAAAGGGAGUGGAUGAAAGGCUUCAGCCCCCGGAUUACUAGGUGGAUUAAGGGAGGUGCCUAUGUGCGCCAUCUCCUCUCUCG